AUGACCAAGAAAGCUUUGAUAAAAUAUAGAUCACUACGUUCCAAUUUGGUUCAUCUCCCACUUUCCUUAUUCGCUCAAUUGGCUCAACAACAAAUCCGUCCACAAAGCCUUCUCAUACACUUGUCCCCACUCACACCUUCUUCUUCUCGUACUCAAGCUGCAUACGUAGGAUGGUCAGGUCUUGCAGCUGCUUCUUCCUUGAAUAUCCCACGUAAGGGAGAUGGAGAAGUUUUGGAAACUGUAGAGGUUGAUCCGGAGGUGGCUAUGCAAUAUGGGUGGAUGGAGGGGAUCGUGGUGGAAAUAGGCAUCAUACAUGACCCCACACGAGCAAACAGCAUUUCGGUCACACCAUUAACACCGGACGACUGGGAAAUUCUCGAACAACAUACCUCUUUCCUUGAGAAUAACCUUCUUAGUCAACUACGCGCCGUCCAAAAAAAUCAAGUGAUCAAUGCUUGGGUCGCAGGUCGGACGAAGAUUCAACUCCGUGUUGAUGGGACAGACCCUGGGGUCAAACAGGGGGCCGUGCUCGUUCAUCCAGAUACGGAGGUCAUUGUUGCUCCUCGACCCAGAAAAGCGAUCGCCGCUGCCGUGGAAGAGCCGCGAGUCGUCGAUACUACAAACAAAGAGGCAAGACCGAAUAAAAAAGCCCGAGAACGGAAUGUUAGGUUACGACUCAUCCCGCCUACCGUGGCCGCUGCUUGGGGCCAAUUCCAGCUUUCAGAAGCACAGUCGACGGAGGUAGGGAGCUUUGCGGUGGCCCUUUGCUCUCCGAAUACCCUCCGGCGUCUGCGACGAAGAUUGGAAUAUGACGAUAAAAGACCUCCGGUGUUCAGGCUACUCAAACAUGGAUCGAAGAAUGUAGAGAACGAGGUGACGGCAGUCGAGCGAGACGGUGACGGGCAUGCAGAUGGCAACAUCGAAGAGGACGGACAAAACCUGGAUGUCAUAUUGGUAGCGUGGGAUGAAAUGCCAGACGGAGCAUUGGUCGUCACCGGCGAAGGACUCUUGCAGUGGCAGACAUGGGGCAGCGUAAAAGUGUCGAGCAUUGCGAAACAAAGAAGCCGUCGCAAAUCUGGGAGGUCACAAGGAGUUUUGGACAUGCUCCCUCCGUAUAUCCAUAUGACAAGCUUGCCAGGCUUGGAGGCGACUUUGGGUGUCGCCGUGGGGGCCCUGACCAGAGCUUUUAUUCUUGCCCGACCAUGUCCACUUCUCGUCACAGGAACCAAAGGGAUGGGCAAGACGACAUUGGUCAUGGCCAUCACUCGUCGCCUGGAGGGAGACAGGGAGAUUUUAGCUGAAACCCAUUACGUCGAUGUGAGGAGUAUACAAGCCGAUGGACGACUUUCGGCUAUCAAGGAUCAAAUGCGGUCAUGGGUGGAAGAAGCGAAGAAAAGACGUCCUUGUUUACUUGUGCUUGACAAUCUGGAUUCGUUGUUGACGCCUGAAACGGAGCUCAACUCCUCCAACACCCCGAUCAUCCUUGCGGAGCAUUUCUGUCGACUGGUAUCACCCGGACAUCUGCCUGAGGGGAUAGGGGUUUUAGUCACUGCUGCAAGUACGAAGUCUCUGCAUCCGGCCCUUAACGCAUCGCACGUCUUCGGAGAGAUCUUGAAGAUUCCGGCUCUGACCAAAGAAGUUCGACGGGAGGUGAGUCUUCUCAUCAGAGAGUACUUCAGGGCUAAUUCGAAGAUCUUUUCCGCUGCCAUAGAGAAGCAACUCUGCAGCACCACCUCCGAGCUCCCAGACUUGAAUAUACAUCCUAAAGCAUGGGGCAUUUCUCAUAUAGGCCUCGAUUUGAUCACUCUGACCAGUAUGACCGAAGGAUAUUCCACUUCUGAUCUAGUCGAUCUCGUGUCUGCCGCAACACAGCAAGCCAUGAUACGUCUACACCACUCCCCAGAAGAGACCUUCGACCUGACUAUGGAAGACUUCACCCAAGCCCAAGAGUCAUUCACUCCCAUCAGUUUGCGCGGCAUCACAUUCCAACAUUCUACCACUGUCUGGUCCGACAUUGGAGGUUUGAGACUCCCCAAACGUAUCUUACGAGAGACAUUGGAGUGGCCUAUUAAAUACGCCCAAAUCUUCGCUUCUUGUCCUCUACGACUCCGCUCAGGAUUAUUGUUGUACGGUUAUCCAGGAUGCGGGAAGACUCUACUAGCUUCUGCCGUCGCUAAGGAAUGUGGGCUGAAUUUCAUUUCUGUAAAAGGACCGGAGAUCUUGAAUAAGUAUAUCGGGGCGAGCGAGAAAGCAGUGAGGGAUUUGUUCGAGAGAGCCAGUGGAGCAAAACCUUGUGUUUUGUUCUUUGAUGAGUUUGAUUCGAUUGCUCCGAAAAGAGGACACGAUUCAACAGGCGUCACGGAUCGUAUAGUCAAUCAGCUCUUGACGGAGAUGGACGGUGCUCAAGGACUUGAAGGGGUGUACGUGUUAGCAGCUACCAGUAGACCGGACCUCAUCGACCCUGCUCUUCUUCGGCCGGGGAGGUUGGACAAGUCUGUUUUAUGUGAUAUGCCACCGUUUGAAGGUCGUCUCGAGAUCCUCCAAACAGUCAGUCGGAAAAUCAUCUUGGACCACUCUGUCGACCUCGAACAUAUAGCACAUGAAACCGUUGGAUAUUCCGGUGCAGAUCUCCAAGCUGUCAUCUACAACGCACAUCUCGAAGUUAUGGAGACGAUUUUAUCCAAUGUCACUCCUCGACCAACAUUCCAACCUCGACCAAUUGAGCGGACCCUUCAACCCUUGAUCCAGCAGAUACAUCUACUCCGAGCUUUAGAAAGCACUCGUCCUAGUGUUUCUCUGACGGAAAGACGUCGACUCGAAACUAUAUACAAAGCUUUUGUCAGUGAUAGAGAAAGCCGAAUGCAAACAGGCGAUUUAGGUAGAGAAACGGGAACUAGGGCGUCUUUGAUGUGA